ACGAUCUUCUUCUGCAUGGCUAGUGGCAUCCCACGUCCUUCUAUAAGCUGGCUAAAGAACAACUCUACCUUGAUUGGUGGCACGGCGGUUCAGAAUGACAGCAGCUCAACUCUUUUGAUUCAAAGAGUGACAAAAGAAGAAAACUUUGCAAGAUUUAAAUGUGUUGCCAACAAUCCUUGCGGAGAAGUGUCAUCACAAGAGGGAGUGCUGGUAGUCACAGAACAGACUCAAGAUUCAGGAACAAAAAUUCCAAAUUCAACAUCGAGAAAAAGAUGAAAGAUAAGAAUCAAUUUCCACAUCUUCACACUCGAGACGAUAUGAUAAGUCAGCCAAGAGGAGACAACACAGCCCCACGAUAUCAGAGAACAACCUUGGCAUUUACAAAUCUGUGAAAUCUUAAACUUUGCGCUGUCAGAUAGUUGGAAUCUAUAAAAAGUGGAAUUGAAGUACUUCGAUUCGUCUUCACGAGGCCAUAGUAUUUCUUUUAAAACUUAGUUAGCAGAUGAUAUUCUAGGAAAAAGGGCAACCUUAUCAUUGUAGAAAACUUUGAAGCAGCACACAGUCAUCAAAAUUGUUUACUAGUGAAGUACUAUACCAUAACUAAAUUUAGGAUGUAACGACAGUGUGGCGAAAGAAAACAUCAUUGAGAUUUUGUCUUAAGUAUUGGAAGAGUAGCUCGAUAUGUUUACCGUCUCCUAGGACGACAAAUCUUUCAAUCGGCAUUACAUGGGAAUGCGGCGUAGAUUUCCAAUGUCGUCGGCAUUCCUUUUUAGACUUCCCAAAACACAAACUAUUUCAGAUUUUUAUUCUGUUAAGCUAAGGAUUGUCGGGAUAUGUAAAAAGGCUUAAAGUGCACUUCCACUCUUCAGUUCAUUAAAGCUUUUGUUUCGCUUCCUUCUCUUCGGUUGAAGUCUUUGUUGUGGUUUUCUACAUGUCCCCAAUUUUUAUUCUUAUACAAACAUUUAUCCAUACACGUAAAUAUAACAAAACAAAUGGCUUCGCCACAUUAUUAGUUGUUCGCCCAAUGACAUUAUAACUUUUUCAUGGCUAGUUUGUUUAGUUAUUUUUGUUUUCGCUUUAUUCAUAUUCUUUCAGCGUGUUGUGUUUGUUAUUUCGAAAACUCUAUUUUUAUCCUUCAGUUUCCAUACCUGUAAGUUAAUGGUAAA